AUGGAUCGUCCACGACUGGCAGCUAUCACCCCACUGGUUCAUGUCUACCACUUCGUGAAUGGCGAUGCUGUUGGUUGGCUCGAUAAGCUCCACGCAAAUUACGGCGACGUUGUGCGCGUCGAGCCUGGCCGUCUGAGUUAUAUCACUCCUCAGGCUUGGAAGGACAUUUACGGACAUGCGACGGCCACUCGCAAAGCCAACUCUAAAGAGAGAAAAAACAGCAAGAAUCUCUUCUCCAACGGGAGUUACUCCAUUUCGUCCGCUCAUGGUCCCGAGCACCAGCGCCUACGCAAAAUCUUCAGCAAUGCGUUCAGCGACCGAGCCAUCACGAAGCAAGAACCUAUGCUGGCGCUAUAUGCACAGCAAAUGGCCGAGUUGGUCCGUCGGAAGAUCUCCUACGAGGAAACAUCUCCUGGAAUUGCUGUCGUGGAUGCAGUCCAGCUCUUCAACUUCGCUACGUUCGACAUUAUGGCAGAUCUUGCAUUUGGCGAGUCACUAGGCUGCCUCGAAAACGGCGGAUCAAAUGCUUGGGUUGACGCUGUCCAAGUGAAUUUCAAGCGAAUGAUCGUUAAAGCAAGACUGAGGCCUUACCCGAUAAUCUCAUACUUGUGGCACCUUUUCCAGCCGGAACAAGACAAGAAGGCUGCUGCUGUGCACGUUCAGAGCUCGCAUGAGCGUGUCACGAAAAGGCUGGCCAAGGGCGCUGAUGCCAGGAACGAUAUCUGGGGACUCGUUCUCAAGGCAGAGGGUCCAAAUGCACUGACUCGUACCGAAAUGAACAACAAUGCCAACAACUUGUGA